GAGGAUUUUGCUUUUGCUAUAAUCGAAAAAAAAGAACAAUGAAGCAGAGGCGUCUGUUUUCAAUCCUCUGUUUUGUCCUCAUAAGCUUUGGUGUUUCUUCAGUUUCAGCACAAACAUGUAUGGACAAUGGGAAUUUCAGGCCCAACGGUCCUUACGACACAAAUCGCCGUCUCAUCCUCUCUUCUCUUCCUUCCAACGUCACGGCUCAAGACGGCCUCUUCUACAACGGUUCCAUCGGACAAGAACCGAACCGUGUCUACGCUGUAGGGAUGUGCAUCCCAGGAUCAGAUCCAGAUGACUGUUCUGAAUGUAUCAAGACAGCAUCUGAUGGUUUGAUACAGACUUGUCCUAACCAAACAAACGCGUUUACAUGGCCAGGUGAGCCCACGCUUUGCCAUGUCCGCUAUUCCAACACUUCUUUCUCAGGAACUGCAGAUUUGGACCCGCGUGUACUUCUCACCAACAUUGGAGAUCUAAACUCAAAUCUAACAGAGUUCAGGACAGUAUGGGAAAGAUUAGUGGGUCGCAUGAUUACUGCAGCUUCCGAAGCAAGAAACACUUCAUCGUCUAGUAAUAACCAUUACGCAGCUGAUACAGAAGCCUUGACAUCUAUCCGGACUAUAUACGCUUUGAUGCAAUGCACGCCGGAUCUUUCUACUUCUGAUUGUGACAACUGUCUGCGACAGAGCGCAAUUGACUAUCAGUCAUGCUGUGGUGAAAAGCAAGGAGGUGUUGUUAUGCGGCCAAGCUGCUUCUUCCGUUGGGAUUUGUAUACAUACUCUAAGGCUUUUGAUAAUCUUCCGGUGGCUUCUUCUCCAACUCCUGUGGCUGUGCCACAACCACAACCUGCAGGUGACCAGGCUAACACGACUGAUAAUGAAGAAGAUAGCAAAGGAAUCUCAGAUGGAAUUGUCGCGGCGAUUGUGGUGGCGACUAUCGUUACCAUCUUGAUACUGCUUGUUCUAUGUUUUUUUCUAUUCCGGAGGAGAAAACCAUAUCAGAGAACUGAAAAUGAAUCUGAUAGUGAUAUAUCAACUGAACAUUCAUCACAAUACGACUUUAAGACAAUUGAAGCUGCAACAAACAAGUUUUCAAUGAGUAAUAAGCUAGGUGAAGGUGGAUUUGGCGAGGUUUACAAGGGUAAGCUUUCUAAUGGAACUGAAGUAGCUGUAAAGAGACUGUCGAAAAAGUCAGGACAAGGCGCAAGAGAGUUCAGGAACGAGGCUGUUCUUGUGUCAAAACUUCAACAUAGGAAUCUGGUUAGACUUCUUGGAUUCUGUUUGGAAAGAGAGGAGAAGAUUCUGAUCUAUGAGUUUGUUCCCAACAAAAGCCUUGACUAUUUCCUAUUCGACCCUGAAAAGCAAGCCCAGGUGGACUGGACUCGGCGAUACAAUAUCAUUGGAGGGAUUGCUCGAGGAAUUCUUUAUCUUCAUCAAGAUUCACAGCUCACAAUCAUACACCGUGACCUCAAAGCAAGCAACAUUCUCUUAGAUGCUAAUAUGAACCCAAAAAUUUCAGAUUUUGGAUUGUCAACGAUCUUUGGAAUGGAGCAAACUCGAGGCAACACCAGCAGAAUUGCUGGAACCUACGCUUACAUGUCUCCUGAGUAUGCAAUGCAUGGUCAAUUCUCCAUGAAAUCUGAUGUUUACAGCUUUGGAGUCUUAGUUCUUGAGAUUAUAAGCGGCAAGAAAAACAGUGGCGUCUACCAGAUGGAUGAAACUAGUACUGCUGGAAACUUGGUUACUUAUGCUUGGAGGCUUUGGAGGAACGAGUCACCAUUAGAGCUUGUGGAUCCGGCCAUUGGAAGGAAUUAUCAGAGUAAUGAAGUCACUAAAUGCAUCCACAUCGCGCUCUUAUGUGUUCAAGAUAAUCCAGAAGACCGUCCAAUGUUAUCGACUAUCAUCUUAAUGCUCAAUAGCAACACAAUGACUUUACCAGUGCCUCGCUUACCGGAAUUUUUCCCAAGAAGCAUGCAAAACUUGGACCCUCUGUCUGAGGAAACAGAGUCGGAUCAGUCUACAAGCAUGUCUUUUCCUCAUUUAGUUCGUCAAAGAUGAUAUGUUUCCUCAUUAUAUCUGGAAAGUUAAAACAUAUGAAUGGACGAUAUUUGAAUUAUUUAUGCACCCAUCAUAAGAAACGGUAACUUUCUCUGUGACUGUAAUUGUGUUGUAAGCUGUAUGAUUCUAUGGUCAGUUCUGUAAGUAUAGUAUUUGGUGUGAAGGUUUACAGAAAACUGCAAUUUAAGACCACAUUUACA